ACAAAAGUUACCCGGGAGACUUGAGCUGGCCGGUAGCCCGGAGAAGUGGGAGGAGGAGGAGAAGAAGAAUCAGAGGGAGGGGAGGAUCUCGGGAAAGGCAGCGGGGAGUGAGCAGUGAGAGGAUGGGAAUCCGUGCCCGGGGGAGAGAGAGUGCAGUUGGAGGGAUGAGAUAGAGAUUUUUCUUAAAUGCCAUGUCAGCUGAUAUGAAAAAGGAAGAAGUUCUGUCUGAUGGCAGCAGCGUCAGUGAUUCUGAGACGGAAGAAGAUCCCUAUACUUCAUAUGACUCCCCAGAAUUACGUGCCUAUAAUUACCCAGGUAACUCCUUCCAUGAUGUCUACUCACAGCGCACCACCCAGAUUGUGUUCCAAUACCAUUCGGGAAGGAAGAUCGCCAGGCUGAGAGCCCCCCGAGAUCUCUAUGGAGUAUCGUCUGCCAGUUUCCUUCAUCUGCCCCGUUGGCCUUACGAAUGUGAAGUGCUGAAGGAGAAGGUGGAGCACAUUGAAUGGAAUCCCCCCACCCCAGAGCUGAUGUACCGUCCGACAGCUUUAGAGAAAGAGGCAGAGUGUGUGGGACCCUCAGAAGGAAAGGUGGUCUAUGAGACCAGUGAAGGUAACAAAGGGCCGUACUUCAUGUACUCCCAGGUGGGCGGACACUGCACCCCACUCAAGCAGACGCACUCACGCAGCCGGGAGAAGGCCGACAAUACGCUUGAGUUUGAGGCUCGCUUCGAAAGCGGAAAUCUGCAGAAAGUAGUCCAGGUAGGUGAAUACGACUACCACUUAACCCUUCGCACAGACCUGUACACUGACCGCCACACGCAGUGGUUCUACUUCCGAGUCCGAAACACCCGAGCCGGCGUCCAUUACCGAUUCACCAUCGUCAACCUCAGGAAGCCGUCCAGCCUUUACAGCCGUGGCAUGCGGCCGCUCGUAUAUUCUGAGGCAGAGGCAAAAAAACUCGGCGUUGGCUGGCACAGAACCGGAGAGAAUAUAAAGUAUUACAGGAACAACCUGAGCCAAAAUGGCCAGCCGUUCUUCUCUCUGUCUUGGACCUUCCGCUUCCCGCACAAUAUGGACACCUGCUACUUUGCACAUUGUUAUCCUUAUACCUACUCCAACCUGCAGGAUUACUUGGCCAGUAUCACCCGUGAUCCGGAACGUUCCAAGUACUGUAAGAUCAGAGUCCUGUGCCGUUCCUUAGCUGGGAACAUGGUGUAUGUACUGACCAUCACCAACCCGUCUCCUGCUACCGACCGACCAAUGAAGAAGAAAGCAGUGAUAGUAACAGCCAGGGUCCACCCGGGGGAAACCAACAGCUCAUGGGUGAUGAAGGGUUUCCUGGAUUAUAUUCUAAGCUCCAGUAAUGAUGCCCAGGUCUUACGCGAUUCCUUCGUCUUCAAAGUGGUACCGAUGCUGAACCUGGACGGGGUGAUUGUGGGCAAUUACCGCUGCUCUCUGACUGGCCGCGACCUGAACCGCAACUACAAGUCCAGGCUGAAAGAUUCCUUUCCGUCUAUCUGGUUCACCCGCAACAUGAUCAGGCGUGUGAUGCAGGAGAGGGAGAUAUUACUGUAUUGCGACUUACAUGGACACAGCAGGAAGCAGAACGUAUUUAUGUAUGGGUGCAAAAAGGCUUCCAAAGAGUUCCCAGAUAAACAGCUCUACUUGUACGAGCGAAUAUUCCCACUCAUGCUCAGCAAGAAUGAUCCUGAAAAGUUUUCUUUCUCAAGCUGUAAAUUCAAGGUGCAGAAGAGUAAGGAGGGAACAGGACGAGUAGUGAUGUGGAAAAUGGGAAUCCAGAACAGUUACACCUUAGAGGCGACAUACUGUGGUUCAACCCUAGGUGGGCGCUGCGGAACCCAUUUCAGUACAAAAGAUCUGGAGUCCGUGGGGUAUCAUUUCUGCGAUACUCUGUUGGAUAACUGCGACCCCGAUCAGAGCAAGCACUUUGUCUUCCUAAAAGAACUGGAGGAAAUGAUGAGGCUGCAAAUAAAAGCCAGGAGUGGCCAACUUCACCCCCAAUCCUUGCUGGAUGAUAUCCUCACGGAUCUGGAUUCCAGUACUGAUGGUUCUGACAGCUCUGACUCCAAUGCACCCCCCGCUCACCUCAUGGAAAUGGCUUUAAAGAUGAAACCCAUGAAGAAGCUUCUGAAGACAAAAAAGGAGAGAAACUUACAAAGGAGUCGUCAGUUAAACCUAAAGCAAGAAAAACAGGAUGCCAAGCGAGAAACGAGGAGAGCUGAGCGCCGGAUAAGCGAAAUUGCCAUGCGAUUGGCUGAGCUGCAGACGGCGACUGAGUUACAGAAAACGCCCGCGAAGAUCAGGACUUCUGCUCCCAAGAUUCCCAGAGAAGAUUUCUUCCAGAUUCCGGAUAACAAAAAGCUGUCGGUGGUGUAUCUGGUCUUCAGUCCUGACGGGCAAGUCAUUUCCACGAAGUCCCACGCGUGUCUCAGGGACGAAGGCAUAAAGGACAUUUCCAACACUAUGAGUGGAUUUGGCUGGAGCAGACCCCCGCCAUUGUUGAAGCGCCUCUUGUCCCAGAAGCCCCCGCACCCCAACAGCCUUCAGCAGAUUUGUUACCCCAAUGGCUCAGCUGCUCUAUCCAACAUCCCCAACUCCGGGAUCGAUCAGGAUUCAGGAGUGGGAGGAGCUGUGAAUCAGUCGGGGAACGAUCCUGCUCCUGAUUCCAUAUACAGCAGAGAAAAGCAGUCAAGGAUCAGCAGCCUUUGGAUUGGAGACAUGGCUCCAGAUUUGGACCGUACUACUACUUUUCUGCUCUAUGAUCCCGUUAGCUGCGACUUGGUGCUGCCCCAAAAAGCAAAUGGUUUGGCCUUUUCCGCUCCAGAGAAGCCCAUGGAGACCUUCAAGGUUCCUGAUUUCCCGAGUUCCCCGGGGCAUCAAGGGGUCGAUUCCCUCCUUAGCGCUAAAGAGAAACUGGUGUGUAGUUCAGCCCCACCGAGCAGCAUGGAGCGGGGGGGGAGAGGAAGCCAUGUGGGGGCAAUGGAAGCCCUGUCCCUCCCUCUCAUACCCACCAACAGGGGAACAGUAUUCAGUGGCAUAUGUGAGCCAAACCUGCUGCAGCCCAAAGCCAACGCUGAGCAAAGACAAAAACGGACCAUUUUGCCCAAAAUGAUGUUUCGCUCUGACACGUUGAAGUCUUCCAGUAGCCCCGCCCUCCCUGCCCCCUGCCAGCCUAAAGGUGGAGCUAAGCGGGUGCCAGUUCAGAGGGGAACCCUGGGGAAUGUUCUGUGCCCCAGUACCAACUGCCAGGAGGCAGUUAAAGAGAACCAAAGGGGCGGAGCAGUUCGGAGCACGUGGAAAAACAUUCUGAUUGGCCUGGAGUCAGGUGACGCAGCGGGACCAUUGUACUCUCAGCAAUAACCAGAAAACCCCCUGUUACAUUUUUUUUUUUUUUAUCCCGUUCAACACUUUUCACUUUAAUGAUUGAUUUUGUUAUUUUUAAGUUGGUUCUGAAAUCUCUAUAUUGUUUAUUUAAAGGCAAACCAAACCUAUAAUGACAAUAAAAGGUUCACAUCUGC